ACAUAAUUUCCUUCAGUGUCCAUCCGCCUGCCAGAGCGCGUUCAUCAGCUGAGUGCUACUAGUUUACCCAUGGUUAACCCAUACUGGCCAGUCGUGAGUUCGCUCGCGCUGCGCUUCUAGAGGACCGUGAGCAGGAAGAAUCCAGUGUUUGAGUUCGGAUCCGAACCGGAAGUUUCUGGAGUGAUUGAUCGUAUCGAAGAGCGGGAGCAUGAGGAGGCUGUCGGCGGCGCGGAGCGGCUCUGUGCUCGGCCUCGUGCUGCUGCUGCUGCGCGCUGAGCUCUGCGGGUCACAGCGAUUUCUCCCGCAGAAUAAAGCGUCUCAGUUUCUGCUGCGACACAGACGUGCGAACACUCUGUUCGAGGAGAGCAAGAAAGGAAACCUGGAGCGCGAGUGCAUCGAGGAGCUGUGCAAUAAAGAGGAGGCGCGAGAGAUCUUUGAAAACAAUCUCGAAACGGAAUAUUUCUAUCCCAGGUAUGUUGUGUGUCUGGGCUCUCACCGCGUCGGCAUCAGUAAUCCAAACUCCGCACCUGGAAUCCCUCAGAACCUGCGCACCUGCGUUCAAGAGAUCAGUAACCAGUGUCUGCCGCUGCCGUGUUACACGGAGGGUUACGAGCGCUGCGUGGACGGUCAGGGCUCCUUCAACUGUGUGUGUAAACCGGGAUGGAGGGGUCAGCGAUGUGAGCAGGAUAUUGAUGAGUGUGAAGACCCAGAAUUCCCUGCGGGCUGCAGCCAAAAGUGUCGCAACCUCCCCGGCAGCUUCAUGUGCAUCUGUGAGAAGGGCUUCUACACCCACAACACCAUCCACUGCAACGAUAUCAAUGAGUGUAUCGUGUUCCCCAGUGUGUGUGUGGAACCUUCUAAAUGUGUCAACACUGUGGGAUCAUUUGAGUGCCGCUGCCCACUGGGAUACAACUACAACAUGAGCUCACACCAGUGUGUCGAUGUGGAUGAGUGUGAGCAGGACGUGUGUGAGGGCGAGUGUGUGAACAGCAUGGGGAGUUUCUCGUGUCACUGUGACGGGCGUAAGGGCGUGCGGCUGGCGACGGACGGCCGUCAGUGUGAGAAGAUCCCCGAGUGUCUAGAUCUGAAUGACUAUAAGCACGAGGAGAUGCUGUAUCUGGGAGAGCAGUUCUCCGGUUUACCCGUCAUUUACCUGCGCUUCCGUCUGCAGGCCGACACCAACAGGUUUGCAGCCGAAUUCGAUUUCCGCACGUAUGAUCCGGAGGGAGUGAUUCUGUACGCCGAAUCUUCGCAGGACUCGUGGUUUAUGUUGGGUUUACGGUCCGGUCGCAUCGAGGUCCAGUUUAAGAACGAACACUCCAUCAAAAUGACCAGCGGAGGAAAAGCCAUCAAUGACGGCCAGUGGCACGUGAUCUCGGUGGAGGAGCUGAUGGGAAGCAUCAGUGUGAAGAUCAGUAAAGAGGCCGUGAUGAGCAUCAACAGUCCUGAGCGACUCUUCAGCCCCGUCAACGACAAACUGGAGACCAAAGUGUACAUCGCCGGUCUGCCGAAUCGCAACGAGAGCCUCAUCAAACCGAUCAACCCGAGGCUGGACGGCUGCAUCCGCGGCUGGAAUCUGAUGAAUCAGGGAGCGUCUGGAGUGAAGGAGGUGAUUCAGGAGAAGGAGAGCAAACACUGUUACGUGUAUGUGGAGAAAGGCUCGUUCUUCAGCGGCAGAGGACUGGCGCUCUUCAACAUCGACUACGGCAGGACGGGUCGCUGGACGCUGGACGUUGCGAUGAGCAUCCGUCCGUCCAGCAGCACCGGUGUGUUGUUUGCUCUGGUCAGCAACGGCUCCGUCCCUCUGUCGGUUGUGGUGGUGACGCGAGGACCGGACGACGCGGAUCUGCAGGUGUUUGUGGAUCACAUGUGUGUGGCGACGCUGCAGUCUCUGAUGUUGUGUUAUCCGGACCGGCUGCUGGUGGAGAUGAGAGCGUCGGCCGACGAGCUCCAGAUCACGGCGAACUCCUCCAGCGUGUCCUACGGCGACUCUGACACCCUCAAAGCGGCUUUGACCAGACUCUCCAGCGCCAUGCAGGGGCCCGUCGACACCUACGUCGGAGGACUGCCAGAUCUGCCGCUGUCCGUCAGUCCCGUCUCUGCGUUCUACCACGGCUGUCUGGAGAUCAGCGUGAACGGGCGGCAGCUGGACUUCGACGAGGCCGUCGGUAAAGACAACAGCAUCAAGUCUCACUCCUGUCCCCCCGUUUCCAGCCCGGUCCCUCCGGCCGCCGAAUCCCAGCCCUAGACAGGAAGUGAAAUCGCAGCCUGACGCAGGGACGCGUGAGUUCCUGAUUCUGGGCUCUUUGUGUUUUUAAUCGAUCCGCUCAUUAGUCGACCGAUGACUAACCUGUGAAAAGCUUCAGGAGCUCGUGAGCCUCUAUUUAAAGACGCCUCUCGUAUUCACCGCAGUGUUUUUAUUGCUGACGUGUGUCUUUAAUCAGGUUUUUACUCUCUUGUAUAUAACACACUAAUUUGAAUGUGAAUGUGAAUAUGUUUAGGUGGAUGUUGAACACUAGUGCAUUAAUUGUUGUAAUAAAACAUGAAAUGCAGCUGCU